CUGGAUAUUGCAGACACUGGAAGACCUGAAUGUUAGAUCGGCACACUGGAGACGCUGGAAGACGUAGAUAUUGAGCCCGCUGAUGGAAGACUGAGUAGUUGUCGGAAGACCUGAAGAUGUUGGAAGACAUGAAGAUGCUGGAAGAUGUAGAGAUGCUGGAAGACACAAAAAUGGUGGAAGACAUGGAGAUGCUGGAAGACGAGCACAUGCUGGAAGCCCUGGAGAUGCUGGAAGACCUGGAGUUGGAAGACAUAGAUUUUCUGGAAGACAUGGCCAUGUUGGAAGACGUUGAUUUUCUGGAAGACGUGGGUUUGCUGGAAGACGUAGAUUUUCUGGAAGACAAAGCUUUGUUGGAAGGCAUAGGUAGGCUGGAAGACAUAAAUCUGAUGGAAGACAUGGCUUUGUUGGAAGAUGUGGAUUUGCUGGAAGACAUGGAUUUCCUGGAAGACGUGGAUUUCCCGGAAGCUAUGGAUUUGAUGGAAGGCGUAGAUUUUCUGGAAGAUGUGGAUAGGCUGGAAGACCUGAGAUCAUUGGAAGAUGUAGAUUUUCUGGAAGACAUGGCUUUUUUGGAAGACAUGGAUUUUCAGGAAGACCCGAAUUGUCCGGAAGACUUGAAUUGUUUGGAAGACGUGGAUUUUCUGGAAGACUGGGAAGUACUGGAAGACAUGGGUUUUCUGGAAGACGUGGAUCUUCAGGAAGACAUAUAUUGGCUGGAAGACUUGGAAUUUUUCUGGAAGACAUGGAUUGGCUGGAAGAUCUGGAUUUGAUGGAAGACAUGA